AUGGCGCUACAUAAUAUGCCUAUUACAUACGAAAAAAUCGAGUCUAUGUUUGAAGAAAAGCUCGAGAAAAGCUUGCAACCUUUCACAAAACAACUGGAAGAAGUCACGAAAGCUAUUCAGUUCACCAGUAAUACAUACGACGAAAUUAUAAAGCUUCUAAAAAUUAACGAAGAAAAAAAGAAAAAACUUCUUGCUGAGAAUAAAAGUCUUCGAGCUGAACUCUUACAAUCAAAAAAUGAAGUUAAAAUGUUGAAAGAAUCUGUUAACGAUUUAGAGCAAUAUCUUCGCAGAGAUUGCGUGGAAAUUUGCGGUAUACCUUUUAAUAAUGAUCAGGAAGAUACAAACAAUAUAGUUAUAAAAGUGGCAGAAGCUAUAGGAGUUGAUAUGGCACCAACAGACAUAUCAGUUAGCCAUCGUCUGCCAAAAAGGGCUGCAC